CCAUGUCCGACCCCGCAGAUAUCUCUCACCCGGGGGAGGAAGGCCGCGCUUCUCCUCAUGCCCGGUACACGAAGCAGAGCGGGACGGCGAUCGACAUACUCGCCGACGAUCUCCUCGUCGAGAUCCUCUCGCGCGUCCCCGCCAAGUCGCUCCUCCGCUUCAGGUGCGUCUCCAGCCACUGGCUGGCCCUCAUCGACCACCCCGACCACCGCAAAAGGCUCCCCCAAACCCCGGCCGGCUUCUUCUACGACAACAAGUACACCGUCGAGUGGUUUCUGCAACCACCUCUCCACUUCACCAGUUUCCCGGGGAAACGGUGCCCUCCGAUCGACACCUCUUGCUCCUUCCUGCCCAACCAUGAGCGCAUCCAUCUGUUGGACUGCUGCAACGGCCUCCUCCUCUGCCGCUGGUGCGACGCCUCCGCCGAGGGUGAAGAGUCCCGUUACGUCGUGUGCAAUCCCGCCACGGAGAAGUGGGUGGUGUUGCCGAGCUCCGGCAAGGCCACCAGCGAGGUGGCCACCGCUCGUUUGGGCUUCGACCCAGCCCUGUCGCCGCAUUUCCAUGUGUUUGAGUUGGUAGAGGAGCAGGAGCCAAACUGGCACCCUCACAUCGCCGGAGUGGCAGUGUAUUCGUCUCAAACUGGAGGAUGGGUUUAUAAGGAACAGAGAUGGAACAAACAAAUUAGGCCCAUUGAUCGUCUGUCGACAUUUGUCUUUCUUGAUGGCUAUCUGCAUUUUCAAGCCAAUGCUCGUCGGUUAUCCAGUCAUCUAGCUGUGGUAGACACAGAGGGGGAAACAUGGAUGAGCUUCAGUGUCCCUGGUGGUUUGGUUGACGGUUUUAUUCAGCGGUCGCAGGGCCGGCUGCAUUAUGCCAAUUUUCAGAGAGGUGGAGAUAGUGUCAUUAGAUUGGUAGUUUAUGUUCUGAACGACUAUCAAAGCAGAAAAUGGAUAUUGAAGCACAGCAUCGAAGCUUCACACAUAUUUCGAGGGAUGGAUGCCUACCUUUUGAAGGAGGUUUUGAUUGGAUUGCGAUGGAUUUUGAUUGGAUUACGAUUCAUCCGGAAUGCAACACGAUAUUCUUCACUGCUGGGUGGGGUACCACAUUCAUGUGCUAUAAUAUGGAUCUUCAGCAAGUCAAAGUGAUCUCCAAUCUUGAAGAUGGCUGGCCGGCAUAUCUGACAUAUGUGCCGUUGUAUGCAGAGUUACAGUCAUUGCACGCUUUAUAAGAAGUGGAUAUUCGACAGGCAUUAGUUCUUUGUGCUAUGGUAUGUUUGUUUGAAGUGGGCUGUUGUUUUUUCUGGGGAAACGUUUGAAAUCGGCGGACCGGCCCAAGCUUCGGCCGGUCACGCCGCUCACUCGCGCAGAUACCGCUUUCUUUUCUCCUCUCCACGCAUCACUGGCCCCACGCACCGCCCACGCCCGUGACUGCCUUAUCCCUUCGCCCCUGAGCUCCAGCACUCAUUCCCCAUCCCCAUCUACACGACCUCUGCUCCUCUCCUUGCAUAAUCCCUCUCCUCUGCUGAUCUCCAAGGCAACUAAAUCCCCCUCUCCACUAGCUGCAAGUCACAUCGGUGUGAAGGAAGGGGCACGGGGGGUGCUGGUACGGGAGUUGGGGCGAGCAGGAGAUUGUGGGGGCGGCGGCCAGCGAGCUUCAACAGGCCGGUCGGCGAGGUUGGUGAUGGUCGGCGACGACGCUGGUAACAGCCGAGCUACAACCGCAAGCUGACGAGCUACCACCGGCUGGUGUGGAUGCUACAACCCUUGUUGGGCGAGCUGCAACCUGCAAGGAGUUGUUACUACCUCGACCGGCAGGCGCGACGGCGGAGCACACGAGAUGCUACAACCGUUGAGGCAGGAGCUGCAACCGCCCCCGGAUUUUGCUGGAACCAGUGACAGCGGCGAGCUGCAGGGUGACCAUGGCGGGGAGUGCUGCAACCACGACCAGGUUUUCAAAAGAUUCAACAGGGGCCGCGACACAGAGCUGCUUUUUGACAACUUUUUCAUUGUGAGCGUCCACGGCAAGCAUCAGCGGCGGCGGCUGUCGACGGCGACAAACGGGGAAGGGCAGCCGCGCGCUGCGCGACGCAGCAAUGAUGGGUGGCCGCCAUGUCCUGCAGUGUUUCUUCAGAUCUGAAUUAUGAACGGGGUGAGAAAGAAGAAAGCGAACUGGAUGGACGAGGAUCCUACGGCUCGUGGUGGGCUAAUCGGGCGGCUAGGGUGCGACCGGCCGAAAUUUUGGGCCGGCGCACCGGCGCCGAUCAGUCGCCUUUUUUCUGGCUGAUGUAUGCAUGCUUUUAUAGUUUGAGCGAUGGUGGUUCACUUUUAAGCUAACUUGGGUGAUUCGUUACCCAAAAUUGUACCAAGCUUUCCGUUGUCUGUAUUGGUUUCUGCAUACCAAUGAUUUUGGAGAACUCCUACCUCCAUGUAUUCGGUUAACUUGGCGUAGUGUUUGAGGGAUGGUGAUGAUGUAGAAACAUGACCAUCUGCUAACGUUAUAAUAUGUCAAAUUGUGCUAAUGGUAUAAUGCUUGAAAUCAUUUUUCUA